GCCGGGGCGGCGGGGGCGCUGCGCGGGUUCCCGCAGCCGGCUCCGGGUCACUCCGCCCUGCCCGGGUCACCGCUGCCGGGCCCGGGUCAUUGCUGCCCGGCCCGGGGUCCUCUCCGCCGUGCGCGACCCCUGUCCCCUCCUCUCUGUCCCGUGCCCUCCGGCCGGGCUGCGGCGGGGAGCGGGGCGAGGCCGAUCGCCACCGCCGGGAUGGGCAGAGCCGGCACCGCGCGGCUGCGGGGCCUCCACGCGUGACAGCGGGGCGGGCAUGGGCCUUCCGCGCGUGGCGCCGGGGCGUCCCGGGACAGCGGGACAGCGGCGGAGCCGUGCGCUGUGACAUCGGCAUGGCGGCGGCUGGAGCGCUGCUGUAGCGUCCGUACCGCUGUGGGACCUGCAUCCGCACGGUGACACCGGGCUCUGGCCAUGGAGCCGGGCACCAUCGACAACCUGUCCAUCCUGUACCAGAGCUCCGACUUCAUCGUGGUCAACAAGCACUGGGACCUGCGCAUCGACAGCAAGAUGUGGUACGAGACGCUGACCCUGCAGAGCCAGCUCAAGCACCGCUUCCCCGAGCUGGCCGACCCCGACACCUACUACGGCUUCAGGUUCUGCCACCAGCUGGAUUUCUCCACCAGCGGGGCCCUGUGUGUGGCGCUCAACAAAGCAGCAGCGGGCAGUGCCUACAAGUGCUUCAAGGAGCGCCUGGUGACCAAAGCCUACCUGGCUCUGGUGAGAGGCCACGUGAGCCAGAGCCGGAUGACGAUCCGCUACGCCAUCGGGAAGAACACCACGGAGGGCAUGACCCACAUGAUGUGCAUCGAGGGCACAGAGGGCUGUGAGAAUCCCAAGCCAUGCCAGUCGGAGCUGAUCGUGCUGGAACAUGGAUCCUACAGCGGAGACCCUGUCACCAAAGUGCUGCUGCAGCCACUGACAGGGAGGACUCACCAGCUCCGGGUUCACUGCAGCGCCAUCGGCCACCCCAUCGUGGGGGACUUCACCUACAGCCACAGGCAGGACAGCAAUCCCUACAGGAUGAUGCUCCACGCCUACUACCUGCGCAUUCCCACCCGCAAGGAGCUGAUCGAGGUGUGCGCGCCCGACCCCUUCGUCACCGCCAUGGACAGCAACUGGGUGCCCCAGCACGUCACCCAGCGGCUGGAGGAUGUCAUCCAGGAGCUCAAGGACAAGGGGACACAGAAGGAGGAGGAGGAGGAGAGCCGGGAAGCUGCCAGAGAGGAGGGAGCAGGGGGUGAAGGCAGCAGGGAGGAGACGGAGGAGCAGCGGGCGCGGUGCGAGCAGUGGCUGGCUGAGUGGGCUCUGGAGUGAGCACGAAGCACAUCCCUGCAUUUCCAGCUCCAGCCUUGUCCCAGCGGGUCCCCACGGAGCCCAGCGCUGCCUCCACACCUGCACUCCCUCUGUGGCUUCCCUCGCUCCUGGGGCUGGCAUCAGGUGGAUUUUAGGAGCGGUUGAGGUGGGGUUAUUUUGUGAUGCCCAUCAUCCAUCUGGUCAUGGGAUGUCCUUUUCCCAGUCCUAGGCCUCAGCAGCAGAGUCAGUGUCACAUUCCACCUCAGAGUGACCCCAAAGCUUUCCAUCCCUGUCCUGGGGCUGGGGCACAGCUGGGCACUGCCUUUGCCGUGGACAUUCCCACAACCUUUCCAUGCUUGAAUGCAGAAUUGCAGCCCAGCACAGGGAGGGGAGAACAUGCUGGGUGCAGCUCCAGUGUCCCUGUCCCCCAUUCCCUCACUCCAGCUGCUGUGUCGUGUGGGAUGUGGGAGACUGGGGGCUGGAGCACAUUCUGGGGACACUGAUAGUCCCCCAGUCCCAGGGUGUCCUGUGAAACUGGACUGGGAUGGGCAUGGAAAGGUCCCUGCCCCUCACCCCCUCCCUCCCUCAGCCCACCUGGGUGGUUUUUAAAGGUGUGGUGAAGGUGAAGGAGUUGAUACCAAUGGAUUUUAAACUUUUUUAAAUUUCUAGAAAGAGAAUCUAGUCUUUUAGGGUUUGUAAAAUACAGGUGGUCUCAGGAAUGAGGUAUUUUUAGUACUUCUGUGGUCGGAGAGCCAGUAGCCCAAAGCUUUUUUAAUGGAUUUUAUUAUUCCUUCUACUAGCACUGCCUUUCCUGCUUUUAUCCCUGCUGAGACAGGUCAGAGGACACAAGUCCCUUUCUGCUCACCCACCUGAGGAGGGGUCAGUGUCCUGUGUAGGUCCCAUGGGGGGCUCCUGCCCGGCAGGUUUCCAGAGGGUCCUGCAGGCAGGUCCUUCAGCUGGGCAGUCUGGGAAAGCUCUGGAAUAGUAGGAAAAGAACAAAGGUGAAAGAAAGGCUAAGAACUGAUGUGAACAGCAGGCAGGAGCUCAGCUUUGACAGAUGCCAAGAAAUUUCCUUGGAAGUGCCCUUGCUUUGCUGGUCAUCCUGCUUUGCUUUCCCGUUCCCUGCUCAUCCUCUGCAGCCCUUGGGGGACAUUUGAAAACGAGGAGAAAGGGACAGCUGGGGAGGGACAGCUGGAGCCACACAGCCCCAUCCCAGGGCUUUCAAGGACCACAUCAGCACUUGCCCAGACCUGUCACCUCACCAGCCCCAUCCCGUUGAAAACACCUGAUGGGCUUCACACAGCUGAUACUCCCACCCCGAGGGGGGAAUAAAAAGUCACAGCCCUCUCCUUGUGGAUAAAGACGCCCUGAAAAUCACCAAAAUCCCUGGGGGGGUGGGGGGAGAAUUGGAUCACCUGUCCUGUGUGUCCCUUUCUGUUGUGGCUUGGUGCCACCACUGCAGGGUGGGGAUGGCCUGAGGUGCCAGCCCUGGGUGCUGGGUGGGCACGGUGGGCCCAGAGGAGCAGGAGCGCCUUGUCCUUCCUCGUGGAUGGAAGGGGCCGGGCAGGUCCCGCAGCUGGGAAGGAACACAAGGAAUCUGUUUGCCAAAGAUUCGAGGGGUGACGCGCACGGGAGGCGCUGGAAAGGGACAAGGGAUUCGCACGGGGGGACCCAGCCUUGUCCGCGCUGGAACCUCAUCCACGGCUGGGAUGAGGUGUGGGGACAUGGGGACAUGGCUGGCACCCCGAGCCCACCGUGUUUGCGUCGAGGAGCUCCCCACACCCCAGCCCAGCCUGUGCGUGCUGCUUUUCCCCAGCGCCACAGAUAAAAGGGAAUUUUCCUUACCCUGCAGAGGGAGUUUUCCAGGCGUCCUUCCCGGCUGCGUUCCAGGGCAAGGUCCCCGUCCUGUCCCCUCCUGCCCGCGGGGCUGUGGCUCCUCCGGUGCCCUGGGGUUGUGGUGUGGCUGUGAUGUCCGUGCACUCCGCAGUUCCAGUUUUAGUGUAUUUGCUGUAUUAAACGUGUCUCUGCCCUUCA